UCCACGUCAGCCUACGCAAGAGUAGCAUAUAUAUAGAUACAUUUGCACGUACAUACACACACGCAGACAUAAUAAAAAGUUCUACUAACGGUGGAGCUUUUUGGAAACCCUAGCCCCCGAAUCACACGGGAUACACUAUGCAGCUUGGUUCUGAGCUGAGCUUGGAUUUGAUUCGCCGAUCUGCUUGAAGCAGCUGUCCGGAGUCAACGGAACGAAGUUUUUUUCUGCUGCUUUCACUUUUGGGGUCAACUUAGUAGUUCUAUAGCUGUUGGAAAAAGCAGUGUAUCAACAUCUUAACAUGCCUAAAGAGAGAAGAGACCGUUCUGUAUCCCUCGAUACAUCGAGGUCAUCCCCUUUCCCUUGCAGCUCUAACUGCUCCGUUCAUUCCGUGACCAAAAACCCACUAGAGGAUGAAAAAAAUAUAAAAGAAUGGGAAGAUGCUCGGUGUCCAGUUUGUAUGGAGCACCCCCACAACGGCAUCUUACUUAUAUGCACAUCACACGAUAAAGGGUGCCGCCCUUUCAUGUGCGACACGAGCUACCGCCACUCCAAUUGCUUCGACCAGUUCCGUAAAUCAUCCGACGAUGCUUCAGCAGAGGAGGCAGCACAUAAUACUCCGGUGGAAGUCGUACCGAACCUGAUAUCCGCCACAACUAUUCCGGAAGCUUCCGAAAGUCUCGAAGAAUCAGUAUCUGAAAAUCCUGAGAUCUCGAAGCUCGUUUGCCCUCUUUGCCGAGGGCUGAUAAACGGGUGGACUGUAGUCAAAUCGGCACGCAAUUUCAUGAACGCGAAAUCAAGAAGCUGUGCAUCCGAGACGUGUGAUUUUGUAGGCACGUACACGGAUUUGAGGAAGCACGCAAGAUUGGUGCACCCGCUUGUGAGGCCAGCGGAUGCUGAUCCAGAGAGGCAGAAUAACUGGAGGAGACUCGAGAGGCAGAGGGAUAUGGGAGAUUUGCUUAGUACACUUCAGUCUUCUUUUGCUGGUGAAGGGACGACUAUCGAAGAGGGCGGUUGGUUGACUGUGUAUUUUCUUGUUCGAUUUAUUGGACCGGGAGGUAGUAGUACCUCGAGCAGAUCUAUUAGUACCUCGCGGGCCCGCGCACAGGUGGCAAUUCGAGGCUCUACGAGAAUGCUUUUUGGUGAGAGCUUUGAUGGGGAAGCUGCUGAUUCGAGGGAGGAUGAAAAUGAAGCUUCUAACGGUGGGCAAAGUUCGCAUAGGCGAUAUGUGAGGAGACGUUUAAAUAAUAAUUCGGAGAACCAGUGAUUGCUGCAAACUAUGUGUAAGUGUGUUGUUCCUUUGCAGUUUUGGCUUAUCUUUAAAAUGCGAAAAUUGUUCCUCCUUGAGUUGAAUAAGUCGGCUUACAAACGUGGUUAUAAGGUCUUUUUUUCUUUGUCAUAUGUGCAUCGGUGCAUCGGUGCGGAAGAAAGAUGGAGCAUCGUUGAAUUGUAUUUGUAUAAAUAGAAACUAUCGAAUUCGAUUUUCGGGUGUUCGAAUAUUGGAGCCUCAUAAAUCGAUUCAGUUGCUCCAUUUUGAGGUUCAGUUUCUUCUUGUGUUGUCAAAUGUCUACAUACAUUUCAGUAAAUAAUAUAGUUAGUUGUAAAUAGCUU